AAGUCGGUAGCGAUGUGAGUCGGACGCCAGCUGCUGUCCGCUUCUUGUCUUCGCGCUCUUUCGCGCCGCGAGCGGCUGACGACUGCGAAUUUGGGACAAGCACGAGUACUUUGCACCCUUUCUGACUCACUCGUAAUCGUAUCAGCCAUCCUCUUCAGAAUUUUCAUUCUAAUCGUGAUAUAAUAAUAUAGCUUGUCAUUGAUGUAAUCAGUUCAAUGUUUACAUUACGCCCGUAUCAAGCUAUGAAAAUUCAUUACGUUCUCAUAAAUCAGUCGUUCCGGUGAUUGAGUUAGUGUUUUACAAAGAUAUUAUGGAUACUGGAGAGUUUGUAAUAAGGUGAUAAAUAAUCAUAAUGCCUGUGCUUCGUAACGCUGACCACCCCGCCUCUAAAGGCACCGACUCCCUACCAGCUCGCUAUGGUGUUGCUGUGCUUGGGGCUUGGGCCGCGGAGUCAGCUACAUAUCCGUUCGACUUAACAAAGACAAGGCUACAAAUACAGUCCGAGGUAGCCGCAGCGAAGCAUGGAUACACGUUGGAGAAUCACGGAAUGAUAAAAACGGCACUGGGCAUUGCGAAGCAGGAAGGUAUUUCGAAGCUAUGGAGUGGGCUCAUGCCAAUGUUCCAACGUCACGCCAUCUACUCGGGCAGUCGGUUGAUUAUUUACGAACACUUCCGUAAUGCAUUUAAAGACACAAAUGGGAAGGUGUCUCUGGGAGCUGCUUCAAUGGGCGGUCUGGUGGCAGGAUCUCUGGCACAAUUGAUCGCGUCACCGACGGAUCUGGUGAAAGUGCAAAUGCAAGCAGAGGGUCGACGGGUACUGCAAGGAAAGCCGCGCCGCUUUGCCAAUUGUAGGCAGGCUUAUACGAUGCUGUAUGCAGAGGCUGGUAUUUUAGGUUUUUGGAGAGGUGCAAUACCAAAUGUGCAACGCGCGGCACUUGUCAAUAUGGGUGAUUUGGUCGCUUACGACUACAGCAAGCAGUUCCUAAUACGUGAGUUCGGUAUGGCGGAUACCGCACUCGUGCACGCCGCGGCCGCCUUCGCCGCCGGCUUCGUGGCGGCCGUCAUGGGCACACCCGCGGACGUGCUUAAAACACGUCUUAUGAACCAGCCAGUGGGACCGGAUGGAAGAGGCACGCUUUAUCGUGGAAUGAUUGAUUGUCUUAAGCAGUCUGUCAAAAAUGAAGGAAUAUUCUCGCUGUACAAAGGGUUUCUUCCACUGUGGAUGCGGCUCGGUCCUUGGGCUUUAAUCAACUGGGUAGCGUUUGAAAACAUCAUGCUUGCCAUCGGAGGCCAUACGUUUUAAAUACCAAAAUUUAUUUAGCUUGAAUGUUUAUGGGUUUUUUUAUAAUCGUUACCAAUUAAGGAGCUAUGAUAUGCUUAUAAAUACAAAAAAAAAUAUUUAUAAUUGUUAAUUUAUUUUUAAAAUAAAAUGUAAUAUAUGUUUGUAAUGGAUCAAAUAGUCAAUAAUGAAAAGACAUUUAUUUAAGGUUUCAAGUAAAAUUAUAAUUUUAAAGAUAAUUUAAAAAAGGUACUUAUUUAUUUAAAACAUUUUUUUUGGCGAAAUCUUUUUGACGAUAUUACUCAAUGACGACUCAAAAAAAUAUAUACUAUAAAUCCGGGGCCAGACGUUCGAUACCAACUCUAUAAAUGUCAAAUUUAAGUAUAUACAUUACGUGUCAGGGAAGACUGGCACGUAUUUUCUUGAAUUUUCUUCGCGUAUGGUACAUUACAAAGAAAAAAAUAGCAAAAGCUCUAAUGUAAGUUUAUAAUAAAAAGCAGAGAGUGAUCAUUAUGCACUAUGUUCUUAUAGCAUCGUAAACAUUUAGGAAAUAUUUAAAAAAAAUAUUCAAAUUGUUUAAAAGUGCAAAUAUUUCAUUUUUAUAAAUGUUUAAGUAUUAAGAGUACAUACACAUAAUAAUUCAAAUUUCGACGAACAAGACAA